AUGGAAUGAGAUGAGAUCACAGCAUCAGUCUGUCUUUUGUAGACCUGGACAAUGAUCACAGAGCCAGAUUGGAUUAGUGAAACCUAUUUACCAGAAGUUCAGAGCAGUUGCAUGAAGCCGAUAGGCAGUCGGAAGAGAGAGGUGAAAAAUGCAUCAGAUUUACAGCUGUAGCGAUGAAAAUUUAGAAGUUUUCACCACUGUGAUUUCAUCCAAAUCAUGUAGUCCAGCCAGAAGAAAAGCCAAAAGCACGCAACACAUCCUAACAAAGAGAGUGGUGGCAGUGUCUGAUUAUCGGACCUACUGGACAGAGGACUUGCUUCCAAGCCAAGGUGAUCUCACCCAAGUCCUGUACAAAGAUGCGGUGAGGAACUUUGGCCGCUUGCAGAAUGAACAGGAAGGAUUCUGUCCUGCCAAGCACAUGGGAAUUUCUGAACAAGAGUCAUCAAACUCCUGUGAUAACCAGUCGGAUGGAAAAUCUUCUCAACCUUCGACAUCCCCAGUCACCCAUAUCACAGUGAAACGGGCUGCAGCCACAGAGCCAGCUACACAGGACAGUGCUUCUGCAGAAGA